AGCAGUUCUCUAUGGUCUCUGAGCCCUGGGCAUGCACCAGAAUCACCGGUGCCAUUUGAAAACGCACAUGUGCACCCUGAGAGUCUGAGGUCUGGGGUGGGGCCCGGAUGUGGGUAGUUUUUACAGGUCCCCAGUGGUUCUAAUGCAUAGCCAGGGUGUAGAUGGUCCAUACACCCCCAGUACUCUCAUCCCUGCCCACAGCUUCCAGUUGCCAGUUGGUUGACAAUUCCCAAAUUGCCUUCGCCAGCCCAGCCCCCUCUGCUUUCCUCCAGGCUACAAAUUCACCUGCUUCCAGAACAUUUCCACUUGGAUAAUCCACAGGCCCUUCCAACUCAGCAUGUCCAACCCUGAAUUCGUGAGCCCUGCCUUUCCUCCCAGGAGCCGGAAUGGCCCCUCCCGAGUCACCCCGCCAAAGGCACACGUUUAUAGGGCCCACCUACCUCCUCACCCUAUCCAGACACCAGCGAAUUUUCAAAACUGCGUGUUCCAGAAGCAGCCCCAGGCUCCCCUCACACCCUGCAUCAGACCUCAUCCUCUCUCCGCAGCAGCCUCCCAACUCUAUUUCCACCUCUCUCUCACCCAUCCUCUUUACUAUAGCCAGAGUCAUCCACAAAAAUGCCUAUGUGAUCACACCAUUCUGCUCAAAACCCUUCCGUGGUCCCCAGGGUUAGGCUCUUUCCAUCUGCGUUCGUCACCCAGUCCUCACCCUACCUGCCAAAUUGCCAUAAUUAGAUAUCUGAAAUGCUGCCCUCCGGCUCCCUACUUCAAGCCUCAGCUCAGAUGUUCCUCCUCUGUGACCCCUGCCUUCAGCCCUCAGUACCCAUUUCUACCAACACUGCCCUUACUGUGCCCCAGUGACCCCCGUGUUUGCAAGUGUGUCCGUACUCCAAGCCGUAGGCAGCACGGGAGACGGGAGGUGAGCUGUGGGGAGACCCGAGCUGAAAGCUUCUGCGCAGAACCUCAGCAACCCAAUGAGGCAGGUGAACUGGCCGCGAAGAGAAGAAACCGGUGGAGCAGAGAGCAGCUGCUGCAGGGCAGACAGCCAGGCCCCCCAAAUCUGUACGCACCAGCAGGCGGCUGCCCCACACAGGGACCGGCCUUCCCAGGCCUUCCCGUCGCUCCCCGCCCUCACUCCCUCCCGCCCUCGGCCCGGCCUCCCAGCUCUCUACUUUGCGUGUCUACAAACUCAACUCCCUGUUUCCGUGCCUUUCCGCCGCCCGAGUUCUCUACUCUCCACACCGAGGGGCCCCUCCCAGCAUCUACCCGCCUCCCAACCUUGGGGGACCUAACCAAGCCAGGGGGGACUGGAUCCGACGGGUGGAGCAGCCAGGUGAGCCCCGAAAGGUGGGGCGGGGCAGGGGCGCUCCCGGCCCCACCCCGGGAUCUGGUUACGCCGGGGCUGGAAUUUGACACCGGAUGGCGGCGGCGGCGGCGGGCAGGAGGCUGCAGAGGGAUGGAGUUGGGCCCGGCCCCCAGACAAGGCCCGCGGGCUCCGCCAGCAGCAGGUCCCUCGGGCCCCAGCCCUCUCUGCCACCUGGGCCCGGAGCCCCACACCCGAGGGCGCAGACUGGCUGCCAAGACCACACUUUUGGCUAAAAGAGGCACUGCCAGGUGCACAGUCCUGGGCAUGAGCCGUUUGAGCUUCGGGGGAUAGCCCAGCACUAAUCCCAGGAAAGGUGCCUAGAAGAACACGGUCCAGGACCCCGUGGUGAGUAGCGGGCUGUGGAUGGGGAGGCAAGGGCUGGAGAACCAAAUGGCCCCAGACGGCAAGGAGGGAGGAGAGGAGGGCCUCAGCGGCCCUCCAGAGACCUGCUCCCGGGCUCCCCCUAGCGCAAAGGGCGCCUACGGCUGUCCUGCCGGCCUUUCCCGCCAUCACAGAGCACAGUCACUGGCCUGGCCCAGAGGCCCUGAUUCCAUUUAGCCAAGAGGUGCACACCAGGACCUGGAGGACCACCCCAGGAAGGCCUGGGGGUCUGUCCCACAGGUGUGCAAGCAUUCUGUGUGCUAGAGGAUGGGGAUGGGGAUGGGGAUGGGGACGGGGGUGGUAGCUGGGACCAAGAGAAGGCUGGCUAAUGAGGACUGAGGAAGGCUCUGGGGCCCCAGAAGGGUGUUUGGAAAUGCCAGCAGUGGAGGCUUGGGAAGCCUGGCUGGGAUCAGAGAUGAUGGCCCAAGGGGGAACCUUCUAGGAGCAUGACUAGGCUGCUAGACCCACAAGUGGCUGGGAGGGCAGACCUAGACCACCUCUCAGGGUGGCUCAGCUCUCAGAGACCAGGCUGGCAUGGAAGCCUGGCUGGCCCUCCUGGGAGUGGCUCAGGCCUGAGUGUAGCUGAGGGUAAGGAAAAGCCCACCCUGCUUGGAAUCUGCAGGCUUGGCAGACUCUGCCCCCUGGUGGCCACAGGAAGCCAUGGCCCAGGCCCCAUGUUUUCAGAGGGCCCAUUCGCUCCCACCAUCCCCUGGCUCUGUGGUCAUCGAGGGACACCUAUGGUCAGAGGAGAGAACGCAAGUGGCUCUGGAUCCAGAACACAGUUCACAGAGGAGCAAGGGGAAGCAGCUCUGGGUGGACAGCGCAGGUUGAGGCUUGGGGCUCACUAUCAUUAGAUAACUCAGAGUGACCAGCUAGCACCCUAUUCUUCUCCAGGCCUCAGCUUUCUCCCUGGCAGCCUAGGGUGAAGGCUCUCUGUAGGACCAACUGUGUUCAGCUAUGACUCCCUCCAGCCAGUUCUGGCAUCUCCAGCCCUACAGCACAGAGCAGGAAGGUUCUGGGAAAAGAGGACCCCUCCCUCCUCUCCAGCUGUGUGACCUUGUGACCUUAGACUACCUCUGAGCUUCUUUGAACCUGGUUUGCUCAUCUGGAAAAAGGGGAUUAAACAUUUACCUCUUGGAGUUGUAUAAGAAUAGCUGCAAAGCACCUAACACAUAGUAAGGUUCCCAGCACAGCUACUUCUGCUGGGCUGAGUCUAGCUGUCCAGGCCCCUUGCUCCUCACCUGGAGAAACUGGGGUGGCAGGAUGGCCCCCCAAAAGAUAACCCAUCUCUUAAUUUGCAAGCUGCCUCAAGAGGAGGGUGGGGGAACAGCUCCACAAAGGCUGAUGGGCGCUCCUGGUGUUGAUAGAGAUGGAACUUGGACUUGGAGGCCUCUCUGCACUGUCCCACUGCCCCUGGCCUAGGUGGCAGGUGAGUGGUUCUCCCAGUGACUCCCAGCUGGUACUGAAGAGAGGCAGCUCGACUGGCGAGGGAGAGUGGGGUUUGGCUUGGGCCGCGGUUACAUGUGGGAGGGGAAAUGGUCAGGAAGGGACCAGGUGAAUGGGAGGAGGAGCGGAACUUCUCUGAAUGGUCGGGGCACUCAGGUGAUUCCUUCCCCCCACCUCGUCCCCGAGCUAGCAAACCCAUUAUACCGGAACCUAGGCCCUUCCUGAGCUCCCCUCUACACAGCUAGGAGCCCAUCCCCGGCCUGAUCUCAGCCCGAGGACAGCCCCUCCCUGAGGUUCUCCCUCCCCAAGCCUCUUUCUCCCUGAGGCUCCACUUGGUCUCUCCGCGCAGCCUGCCCUGUGGCCAACCCUGGCCGCUCUGGCUCUGCUGAGCAGCGUCGCAGAGGCCU